AAAUUGUGGAGCGAAUUAUAUUUUGGAAUGUGAACUUCAACUAUACAUUAAAAAAAUUAAAAAAAUUAAGUUCAUUUACUCGAGUUUCACGCCUAUAUUGGCGAUCAUCAGACUGCCUGUCCGUAUUAAAACGUCCUUAUUUAUACCUAUUUUAAACUAUAUAAAAUUAGCAUAAACCUUUACAUAAUUACAAUUACAAUUAAAAUUAUUUACGUUACAUUACUAGCAUAAAACUUGUUUUCUUAAAACAAGUUUCUUUUUAACAAGUUUCUUUUUUAAAACUUUUUUUCUUUUUUAAAAGAGGGCUUAUUUCGUCGUUAUACCGAUUACCAUGCACAUAAUUUACUAUUUUAGAUCUACGUACCAGUUUCAGAAAGAAGAGAUAUAGAACAAUAUUAUAAAAAGAGGACGGUUAGAAAGCUUAUCGAGUACACGGGAGAUCAAGUAAGUCUUCCGAGGCAAAAAAUGCAACCUCACUUUAUCAGUUUAGGCGUUGCAUUGCCAUGCAAUCUGGGCGAUAUCUAAUAAAACACUGCGGCUCAUGUUUUAAAUUGUAUACAUAACCUAAUGCAUAUAGUAGUUGUAGUUAAAUAUUUGGAAUUAUUAGCAAUAAUAUAUUACGCCCCUACUGUAAACCAGUUUAGUUUGUAUUUUUAAAAAGUUGAGAGAGGCUAGCGUGAUGAAAUAAAAACCAUAUACCUACAAUCCUGGUCAAAAAUAUUGGCGCACUUGACACUGACUGUGCGAAAUUUGACUCCCCACAUCAAUAACAAGCAUAGCAACCCCCUCUUCCCCCGUUCAAUGUUGCGUGUAGUGUGUUAUACGUCCAAGGUGUUACACAACAUUGAUAAGGGGGAUAGGGGGUGUUUGGACAUGAAAUUUUGCAUAAAAUGGGCAAGUAUGUAUGUGGUAGUCAGAAAUGAAGUAAAGGUUAUGCUAUUUCGACUAAGUGCGCCAAGGAUUUUUGACCAGGAUUGUAUGUAUAUAUUUUUUAUUUAUCAAUGAUUUUACAACAUGUAAAUGUCUCUGAUGUAUAGUUCUACUCAAAUCUUGUUUCUACCAUUUUAGAUUGAUUGGUUACAUUUUCUGGAAAGUAUUUUCAACACCUAUGAUUACAAAAUAACGAACGACAGUGUUGUUGUAGUUUUUGCCUUGGAUUACCUCAAAAAUGUGUCCGCGUUGAUCAAAAAAACAAAUACAACGUAAGUUUUACCUUUAUUAUAGGGGAAGAAGAUAUUUCGGAAAUAUCAUCAACUCGAACCGACUUGACCACGUAGCUCAGUUGGCAGAGCAUUGGACUAGCAAUGGUCGCGGGUUCGAUUCCCACCGUGGCCAAGCAUAACUUUUCAGCUUGCCCAGUGUGGAUGCACACUCAGAGUAACAUCACAAACAUCAUAUUCACCUGAGUACACAACACCAACACACACAAAAUACUGACACAUUUUUUUGUAAAAUUAUAUCAGUACUGUUGCAAACUACAUGAUGUGGCGAGUCAUAAGUAACUACAUGAGCAAACUCUCAGACGACUUCGACAAGGUAAUUCUGGAAUAUAGAAAAGCAAAGAGUGGUGCGGUGGAAGAGGAACCACAGUGGCGAAGGUGCUUGUCUGCUACAGCUAGUGCAUUUGGAAUGCCUCUUGGUCUCAUGUAUAUCAAUGAGAAAUUUAGCGGAGCAAGUAAGAAACAGGUAAGCAAGGUAUUAAAGAAAUUCCUUUAUACAAACUAGCCUGAGUAACAAGCCCUAAAUUGCCUUCCUUAAGUGAGGGUGGAUCGAAAGGAAAAGAAGGCCGGACGCAAAUCUCCGUUUGGCCGUAUGUAAAACAGCCAAAAUCCGGCUUUUCACCAACGGAAAACCGCCCGCUGCCGUCUUUCAUCAGGAACCCUGUUUAUUACUACAAUUUUAUUUCUGUCUAUAAACACAGAUAGAAGAAUUAAUCACAGAAAUUCAGCACAUUUUCAUUUCAAACUUGGACAGUGUUGACUGGAUGGACGAAGAGACAAAGAAGAAAGCACAAGAUAAGGUACUAUAUAUAGUUUAGUGAAUAAAAGAUUACCUCAAAUUUUCAGUUUACCAAAUGUUUUUCUCCGGAUUAUUUUUUGCUUUAUAUUCUCCAGUGAAUUACACCUUGUUCAUACCCAGAUUCACAAAUUUUGAAUAAUAUUUAAGAAAUAUGAACAUUAUCCGCGUUUCUAUACAUGCAGUUAUCUGCCUCGUCCCCAGGCGCUAAUAAAAAAAUUUCAUGCGAGACUAUUGCGAGUCACUAUAUGAAAUGUUUACAUGAACUAGUGCGUCACAUUAUAGGCGCGCGAAGGGGAGUGGGAUAUGAGCGUUCGAUGCCCCAAGCCCACAACUCCCUGCGCUUGUUCGUCGCGAUGCACUACUUCAUGUAAACCUUUCAUAUAGUGACUCGCAUGAAAUUUUUUUAUUAGCGCCUGGGGACGAGGCAGUGCAGUUAUAGAAAUACCCGUGGAAGUUUGGAAGAACGAUUUGGAAUUCAAAACCCGAAGAAGUUUGGAAUUUCGAGUUCUCCCAAACUACCACAAGUGUUUCUAUACUUGUUGUUCCACUUAAUCUAAUAAAAUGAAUACUUAUAACAAUUUGCAGCUUUGUACUUGUGGUUUGCUCUGGUUAAAUCAUCCUUAAUAUAUUUAAAAAAGUCUUCAAAAAUAAGGCCAUUUAGCCAUAGAUCCACAAGUGAUAUACUCUCUACGCUUUUCCAGUGUUGGCCAUUUUAAUAAACACAGGAAAAAUGUUUUCUAUUUCUUCUAUAAUAUCAUUCAAAAAGCUUUUUAUAGUUAUUUUUUAUAUCACCUAAUUUGUGAAUUCUCAUCAGACACCUGAGCAUAAAAUCCUCUCGAGGUUGCCAUUUGCUCGUGAAUUUCACCACAAAAUAGUCAAGUUCUCCUUUUUUAAACUGAAAAUUCGCUUUUUGUCCCGUGGUUUCUUCAUUUCGUUGUCAAAAUUAGUAAUAUCAGUCUUUUCGAUUGUAGAACGUGUUAAAAUUGUUUUGUUUACGUUGUCAAAAUCAAAGCUGCGAGAUGGGAAAUUUCCUAUGUUUCCAUAAUUAUAGAAAAACGCUCUCGACCAAUCAGCGAGCGCGUACUAUAAAUGUUAAAUUAUAAAAAUUAUAAAAAAUAUUUAUCUUACUCAUUCAAGGCUAAAGCAAUAUUGGAAAACAUUGGCUAUCCCGAAUACAUCAAAAAUAAAACUGCCUUGGCGCAAAAAUAUGAUGGGGUAAGGUCACGGUUUAAAUCAGGUUUGACACACAUUUUAAAGUUUUGAGAUGCCAUAUUGGUUUAUAUAUUUUUAGCUGGAGCUAACAGAAGAUUACUUCGACAACGUUUUAAAGAAGUCCGCGUUCUCUGCGAGGGAGAAUUAUAAAAAAAUAAAAAAACCUGUCAGCAACAAAGAGUAAGAUCUUUUUGGUUAUUUGUUAUUUUUAAUAAUAAUAGUGUGAUUGAUACUAUUUCAUACUCUGACGCCAUCUUCGCGCCACGCACGCCUUCAAACUUCGAAAAAGGCGCGAAGAUUAGAUUAUAUCUAUCAGGCGUUAAAGCAACCCUAUUUAUUUUGUAUUGGUGUAAUAUGCAAUUUUCUAUCGUUGUUAGAUGGUAUAUGCGACCGCAAGAAGUGAACGCAUACUACUCAUCCACGAAAAAUAAGAUUGGUAAGAUGGUUGUUGUAAUUAAUGGUUUACAAAAAGGAAGCACAUAUAGCGCUGUAUUUUGAUUCUUAUAUCGUAGCACCACAAGAUACACUUGGACUGGCCUAUGCAGGACUCGCAUUACUGACUUUAAUAAUGAAAGGAAACACGCAGACGUUAAUAAAGGGUCCAACUUGUUUCCCUGAUAUACUCCACAUGUAACUGCUAAACUAAUAUGAUUCUGACUAUUUGUUGUUUAUAAGAUUUGGUCUAUGGAAACACCAUGUAAUUGUUAUUGCAAAGCUUUCAAUCGUAAGCACGGAUGAUCGUCAGUGCAUAUAUUGAAUAAAUAAUAUAUACACAUAAUUUGUUGUUUAUUUCUGUAUUAAUUUCUUACUUAUUUUACUGCUAGUAUUCCCUGCUGGUAUUUUACAAUCUCCAUUUUACAACAAGGAUCGACCAAGGUACCAAUUAUAUAUAGCGCAUAAAGUUUACUGAUAAAAUUUACUAGAAAUAGGGCCUAACACUAUUUGGGUUACUUUAUUUUACUGGUAAAAUUUCCUGGAUAUUAUCUCACAUCCUACCAUAAUCUGGUUAAUGUAACCAGGAAUCUGGUUAUAUUUAACCAGAACGUCCUUGUUAAAAUAAUCAGACUAUGUUCGGUGAAUCAGGGACUCCUGUAUUGUUAUAUGUUUGGUCAAAUUAACAGACUAUGGUGGGAAGUUAAAAUAACCAGGUAAUAUAACCAAUCCAAAUAGGGUUAUUUCUAUAGGUUAUAGUCAGUUUUAUGGUCGUUUCGUCCCCCUUCACGUUUCGUCCCCAACACAGACAUCACCCGAAAAUUGGUAGGACUAAUUUUGGCGACAUUUUGCAUCAUAGCGCUCGUGUAAGGAAGCAAAAAACUUAAAAAAUCUUAGGUUUUGUCAUGUGUGUUGAAGAUUACCACAAACUGACACAAACACAUUUUUUAAUCCAGUCCCCCCUCGACGAACUGACGUCCGUGUUGACAAAAAUAUUGCGAUCUCAAGCUCACUAAUAGCAGUCAUUCUGUCAUUGGUCUAGUUUUCCUCAGACUCAGUUCCAAUUAAAAUAAAGUCAAGUGUCACUAUAAUUAUAAUUAUAAUAGUCACUGACAACAGCAAUAUUAAUAUUGUGAAAUAAAAGCCAAAUAUUUAAGUUACAUUUCAAAGUUUCGGAAUUUAAAUACAAAAAUGUGUAUUAUCCAGGCAUACAAUCCACUGAGAUACAAUCUCAAAAAGUAAGAUAUAUUGUAUUAAGGAAGUAGGUUAUAGAUAAAACAGUAUCUAUAGUCUGGAGACGAAACGUGAAGGGGACGAAACGGCAAAGGGACGAAACGACCAGGGGACGAAACGACCGGGGACAAAACGGCAAGGGGACGAAACGACCAGUUACCAGCCAGUAAUAUACAAUGUCACAGUUCGGUGAAGGUUUAAUUGAAUAGGCUGCCAUAAUUCGAGUGCAUUAUUUUAAUUUUUCUUCAAGGGCAUUGAACUAUGGAUCAAUUGGUGCUGUUGUUGGUCACGAAAUUACACAUGGUUUUGAUGACAACGGUAAGCAAUAAACAAUCUCUUUAAAGAAAGAACAUUGCUUAACACUCGUGGCACAAACAAUCGCCAUACACUAAAAACACUUCUGGUUAAGAUUGGUUAACCUAUAGAAAAUAACCCUAUAUUUGGGUUAACUUAAUAUUCCUAUUUAAAUGUCAUGGUUAUUUUAACCUACAGUAGUCUAGUUGUACAUUUGGUGAUAACUGUACUUCCGUUUACAAUGCUAAUUUCAAAAACUAUCAAUGAGUGGUCGCUCUAUUACAUGUUAAAUUUUCAUUUGAAUUGGUAGCAUGACUAUUCUUGUAACAGCAAAAAAAGGGUGUUCUAAAACAUUUGACCUGUACUGUAUAUAUAAUAGAGUGAUGCCAUGUAGUAGAAAUGUGGAUAAAUAUCGAGAUGGAACUAAUACUGUAGUGAUAGAAAUGUAUGUCCGAAAACCCCAUCUGUACAAAAAACCAAUGCACCAUUAGUUGUAUCGACCAAGACGCCCAAAAUUUCGAUAUUGUAGAGUACUACUGUACCUAUACUGGUCUCCCACGUUUCACGUUUGCAUGAAAUGCAAUGAUUUCUUAGCCUGAUAUGCUAUUAUCCUAUAAACAGGGCGACGAUUCAAUAAGUUCGGGAACCUCAUUAAAUGGUGGAGCAAUCAUUCCAUAGAAGCAUUCAAGAACAAAACAGAAUGUCUUAUACAACAAUAUUCAGAUUAUAAAUACUUCGGUAAAAAUGUAAGUGGAUGUUUAGUGGAUGUAGAGUAUGAUGGACUUAAUUUUAUAUUGUAAAAGUGUAAACAACAUUCCUCGUGGUUUGAAUGACUUGAUUUUCCCGAAAGCCGGAUAGCGCAUGGAAUUUACAUUGUACCCUUAUUUUUUACUUGAGUUUUACUUCAUUGCAAACUUUAUACUACAUGUAUAUUUAUUCUAAUUUAAUUUAGACUAUGUAAUACUUUAAUAACUUUAUUACUUUUCAUACCAUCUUUUUUAUAUUCUAUAGUUUAUACAGUAGUUAUAAACAGAUUACAAUCUUUUAUUUUAUUUUAUAAUUUAUACACAGCUCUAAAUUUAUAAGUUAUAGAUAACUUAUACAUUACAGGUUUUAUAUUUUGCUCUACUUUUAAGAUGCUUGAACGUUUUAAAGCCCAGGUCACACUACAUAACGAUAACGAUACGAUAAGACCAUUAGGCUCUCAAAAUGAAAGUGGUAACAACUACUGGCAGGCAAAGUUUUAAAUUUUGCAAACAAUCUACAUUCGGUCAUGAAUCGAUGUAUAUUUGCUUUAAUAUAGAUAAAAGGAAAGCAAACGGUUGGUGAAAAUAUAGCUGAUAACGGCGGAGUAAAACAAGCUUAUCAGGUUCGUGUGCUUAUACAGUCAAAACGCAAAUGUAAGGAAUCAGAGACGAAGUCGGACUUAGGAUCUCGCCCCCAUGGACUCCGGAUCCUGACUCGUAGAUUCCGGAUCGUGGCUCCGGACCCAUUAUCAUAAAAGUCAAUGGAUUUCUUUAUCUGGAUUUAUCUGCAAUCGCCCACAAAAUAUAUUGAGACUUUUCGAAUCACUCCCCCCUCCCCCCCCCCAACACCUCAGUUGACUUGUCGGUACUGUACUAUAUUAUACAUGUGAAUAAUAGGGCGUGUAGGAUCAUAUAGAGUGACUACUAUACACAUGCACACAAAAUGCAUUCAAGCUUGCUGCUUUUAUCCAUGUCCUAGUUUUAUUUCAGAAUAAACCUAAACAAAAACAUAUAUAAUGAGUUAUAGAACUUAUAUUGUUAUUCUAAUUUCCAAACCCUUUCUUCCAAUUAACUAUGGUAGAAGUUAAAUUCAAAACACUAUGCUAAAACAACAUUAAUCAAAACUUAGAUUUUUCUGGAUUGUUCUUUACAGUGCAGGAGAUUAAUGUUAUUUUUUAUUUGAUUCAGGCCUAUCAGGUUAUAAAAAGAAGCUAGGUGGUGAACGAUUACUUCCAGGACUUAACGCAACAAAUGAUCAACUAUUUUUCCUUGGAUUUGCUCAGGUAAAAAAUCACAAAUGCCGACCUCGUUGCCGAUCAGGACGGCAAAAAAUUACCGAACUUGAGAUGAGAUGGGAAUAUACACUCUUCUUAAAUCUAAUAUCUGAUUCUUGUAUCUGAUAAAGGCCACGUCUCAAUAACGAAAACAAGGUUCUAUAUAGCCAAGGUGAUCUACUUUCCGGAAGCGUGUAUUUAGAGCAAAAGAGACAAGUAAACGAAUGGAAAAUAUGAUAAAAAGUUAUUACAUACAGUUAUUUCAAUAGAGUUUAAGAGUUUUGAGUAUUAUUACUAGAUGGGUAUGCAUUUUGUUCGAAAAUGUGAAUUUCCCACUAAGCACACAGUAAAUUUUUGGUAAUAAUUUACUGUAUUUCACAGGUAUGGUGUGGCAAGUCCCGCAGACAAUCUGCUUUAUCCCAAGUCGAGAAUGGCGUUCACACGCCUGGAAAAUUCAGGUACUUUAAAUAGAAAGCCAUGGUUGAUCUGUUGUUUUGGUUUAGUUCAGUGAAUUCCCUAAAACCACUAAUGAAACAAUAGUUGAGUAGACAACAUUUUCGAACUAAAACUACACAAUAUUUUGUCAAAGUGUUACUAACCUCAAAUAUGAUGUUUCAGUAUGGGUAAUAUUUGCGUUAUUUUGAGAAGAAAUAAUAUGCAAAUUAUUGACAUAUGCAAAUUAUCCUAUGACGUCAAAUUGUAUCAUGCCUAAUGGCUUUUGAAACAACUUUUGUAACUCUUAUAGAUAUAUUCUUAUAGAUAUAACUGACUUAAAUUUGUCAACAUAUAAUAUAUAUAUUUGUAGUAUUUUUCAUAACACAUACAUAUGAACAGUUUUAUGAUUUCGAUGCACGAUAUCCCAAUUGAAGUUUUUUUUCAAAAAGUUAUUCAUUGUGACGUCAUAGUGUGGAACAUUUGCUCAUAAAAAAUUGCUGUCAUUUAAAAGAACCUGUAGGAAUUAAGCUAGCUAUAAUGAGGAGUGGGGGAUACUUAAAACUAAAUUCCUGCACCCAUCUGAGUGAAUUUUCAUUUUCAAUAUUCUUUCUUUAGGGUAAUCGGUACGUUAUCAAACUCCGAAUACUUUGCUAAGGCAUUCAAAUGUACUUCGGGAAGCAGAAUGAAUCCAAAAAAGAAAUGUGGAGUCUGGUAA